AUGGCUUCCAUAUUUACCUACGAUCCAGAUCCGCCCAAGGUAUCCUCGCCGUGGAUCUCACCGGCAAAGCCGGUCGUGGCGACCCCUUUCCCAACAGAAGACGCGAACGACAAGCAUGACUUGCUCUCAGACUAUGGCCUCAUUAGAUUAGAGGCCGAGCCUCAAGCAGGCCCUACUGAGUACAAAUUGCAUCUUCUCCUGCGGCCCAGGAGAGCUUUUACAUAUAUGUCAACUCGCAUCAAGAGCGGCACAUCGAGCACUGGCACGCCGUUAGCUGAUACAUGCGGGAGGGUGACUCUUGUCAAACACGUUGUCGCUCCUCAGCCGCGACAGCAGCGCCUCAAACAUCUGACGACACAGCUUCUUUGGAGACUGCAGCAAUCUUCUCCGUAUCACGCCGCGAGGUCCAAAGAAUUGGUCACCCCACGAUUUCCAGAUGAGAACUCUGAUCUCAAUUCCACCAUUCAACUUACCCCUUUGGUCCCUGGCUUGGAAGAAUCGGGGGGAGCGUUAUAUGAAAUUGGUGUAUCGGACGACGGCACGCUUGUGGGACUCACAAGAGACGAAAUGGACGAGAGUUUGACGACACUGAGGAUCAUGGCAGCAAGCCUAGGCUGUACUGUUGAAGUCAUUCGUAUGGUCAAUGUCGGUAAAUGUGAAUGGAUGGAGUGUGUCGAUCUUGUCGACAGUGGUGACGCCGCCGUCCGGCAAGUUCUUAGAAAAGACAGGCUCUGGGUAGCCGAGGCUAUGGUCACCCCAAGCUUCAAGCAUCAUCAUGCUACGGAAGUGGAUGACGGAAGUGGCCGACAGAGCCUUGCAAUCACCAGCCGUGGCACGUCUACAACUUCGCAGUUGAGGGUGACUCUGACCGGUCCCACCACUUCUGGCAAAUCCAGCCUUCUUGGUACCCUGUCUACUGGAACUUUGGAUAAUGGCAGAGGCAAAAGCAGACUCAGCCUUCUGAAGCACCGACACGAAAUGGCCUCCGGUGUUACCAGCUCAAUUGCUCAAGAACUGGUUGGCUACAAAGAUGGUGCUAUUUUGAACUUCUCUCGGCCAGAUGUUGAAUCAUGGAUAGAUGUCCAUGAUCAAGCGCAAGAUGGCAGACUAUUGUUCGUGUCAGACUCGGGUGGACAUCCUCGCUACAGCCGGACUGUUCUUCGAGGUCUCAUGAACUGGGCACCGCACUGGAGCAUUCUCUGUGUAGCAGCAGAUGAUUCCCGGCAGGAUUCGGGUUCGAAUGACCCCGCAGGUCAACAAAAUAACGGCAUAGAAGUACCUUACGUCGACCUCGUGAAGGCACAUCUCACUCUUUCUCUGAAGCUGGACGUUCCAAUGACGGUCGUUAUCACCAAGAUGGACUUGGCCUCCAAGGUUGGGCUUCAAAAGACACUUGGAAAAGUUUUACGCGUGAUCAAAGACGCAGGACGAGCGCCGAAGAUUUUAAAACCCGAACAAGAAAAAUACUGGGAGCUGACUCACAUUCCCGCGAACGACAGAUCGAAGAUCAGCCCGAUUACCGAAGCCAUGAAGAAUGCCAGCAGCUUGACCAAGAUUGUACCAAUUGUCCUCACUAGCUCCAUGACUGGCUCUGGUAUAGGUUUGCUUCAUGCUCUUCUGGAAAGCUUGCCGAUACCCCCUCCGCCGAAAUCACACGACUCGAUCGGCGUUGGGCUGAAUCCCGACCAGCCGGAUUCGCUCUUCCACAUUGACGAUACUUAUAAUCUACCUAUUUCUCAGACAAGCUUGGCUACCGAUAUCGCAGCUGCGCAGAGUGGCAUCAUUGUCUCGGGUCAUCUCAGAUUCGGUAGUUUGACGGUUGGGGAGAGCAUUGUGGUUGGUCCAAUUCCGUCUGAAGAUGAAGACGGGAAAAUAUCCAGUUCGGAGCAUCCUCCAUCACCGAGCAGCUUUGGGUUGUCUAUUUCUCACCCUGAUUCCACAGAACUAGCAAGAGUUAUCAUGAAAAAUGCUCUGCCUGCAUCGGACGUUGAAGGAGAAUGGCUCGAAGCCAAAGUCGUGAGCAUCAGAAACCUGCGCCUCCCAGUAAGGUCUCUUCAGGCCGGCCAGGCCGGCUCCAUUGGCCUGGUCCUGGGAAGGGGUGAUGGAGGCUUUCUCAGAGACCUGCCGCGUAUUCGCAGGGGCAUGAUACUCGCCGUACUAUCGAAGCACAUGUUGGAUACUAGCCUAACUUUGCAGGCUGCAAGCGGGUUCACGGCUGUUUUCGAUGAACUUGACUCAAACACACUCGCGGUCGGUGCCCUCGUUAAAGUUUACGUUGCCAGUAUUCGGGCUGCCGCGCGUAUUUCGAAGAUUCAUUAUCCUGGAUUCUACAAGAUGAUUCAAGAGCCUGAAAGCACUGCAACGGAUGAACUUGGUGUGUUAAGCAUGACUGAGAUGGGAACGGGAGGCUCACGAUUCUCGGAGGGCAGCAACGCUGCUGAAGCGAAAUUGGAGUUGCUACAUACUCGAGAGUGGAUUGAAAUGGGUUCGCGCGUCAUUAUACUAGAAGGCGGUACACGGGAUAGGUCGGGCCUAGAGGGGCACGUUGGAAAAGUAGUUGAAAUUGUUGAGUAA